AGGGGCGGUUUCCCGAAGCCCCCCACCCGCAGCCGGCCUCCCUCCGCCUUCCCUCAUGCUCGAUACGCUCCGGCCCCCCGCGCCUCCUUUCGUGUCGGACAUGGCCGGCGGGAUCUGCAAGACGGUGGCGUGGCUCCACGAGCAGCUGGAGCUGGGCAGCGAGCGCCUGCUGCUGAUGGACUGCCGCCCGCAGGAGCUGUACGAGUCGUCGCACAUCGAGUCGGCCAUCAACGUGGCCCUGCCGGGCAUCAUGUUGCGCCGGCUGCAGAAGGGCAACCUGCCCCUGCGCGCCCUCUUCGCCAGCGGCGGCGAGGAGGAGCGCGAGAAGUUCGCCCGCCGCUGCGGCACCGACACCGUCGUCCUCUACGACGAGAGUAGCGGCGACUGGAACGAGAACACGGCCGGCGACUCGGUCCUGGGGCUGCUUCUGAAGCGCCUGAAAGACGACGGCUGCAAGGCCUUUUUCCUGGAAGGUGGUUUCAGCAAGUUUCAAGCAGAGUAUGCCCUUCAUUGUGAAACUAACCUAGACAGCUCAUGUAGCAGCAGUUCUCCUCCUUUGCCAGUCCUGGGGUUAGGUGGCCUCCGAAUCAGCUCCGACUCCUCUUCAGACAUUGAGUCCGACAUUGACAGAGAUCCUAACAGUGCCACUGACUCCGACGGCAGCCCCUUGUCCAACAACCAACCUUCCUUCCCAGUGGAGAUCUUACCUUACCUCUACCUGGGCUGUGCCAAGGACUCCACUAACUUGGACGUUCUAGAAGAGUUUGGCAUUAAAUACAUCUUGAACGUCACCCCCAACCUGCCUAACCUCUUUGAGAAUGCUGGCGAGUUUAAAUACAAGCAGAUCCCCAUCUCUGACCACUGGAGCCAAAACUUGUCUCAGUUCUUUCCUGAGGCCAUCUCUUUUAUAGAUGAAGCUCGUGGGAAAAAUUGUGGGGUGCUUGUGCAUUGCCUGGCAGGGAUCAGCCGCUCGGUCACCGUGACGGUCGCAUACCUGAUGCAGAAGCUCAACCUGUCCAUGAACGAUGCCUACGACAUCGUCAAGAUGAAGAAGUCCAACAUCUCCCCCAACUUCAACUUCAUGGGACAGCUGUUGGACUUUGAGAGGACUCUGGGGCUGAACAGCCCCUGUGACAACCGCGUGCCCAGCCAGCAGCUGUAUUUCACCACCCCUUCCAACCAAAACGUCUUCCAGGUGGACUCUCUGCAGUCCACGUGAGGGUCGGUCCAGUUCCCAGUUCUUCCAAGCUUGGGUCGUGAGAUCAUUCCUCUACGCUCCUCUUUGACAGCAGCAAAGAAGCACAGCUCUCUUUUGUGGCCACUGCUUAUUGGGCAGUGGCCGCCCAUGUGCUUAACGAAAUAAAAGGUUACAAAGUUUGGAAUCGGCUAUUGCAAAGGGAGGGAACUUGCCGAGUUCCCCAGGAAAACAUUGAUGAUGAUGAUGAU